AUGGCAUCCUCGACUGAGUUGUCAGAGGAUCAGGUCUUGGCAUACCUCUCCAAGCUGUCACCGGAUGCUGCUACCGCCCUUUUGACAAAAGCCAGCGGGUUGAGCGCUGAGCAGCCAGCAGAGAAAGCGGAGCAGCAGACAGGGCAACCGGCAGCAGAACGAUUGGAGGAAGAUGGAGAGGGGAAUGCGGCAACAGAUGUGAUGCGUGCACUUGCUGCAGGUAAUAUCGCAGAAGCACAGCGUCUUUGGCCAAGAGCGAAUCUGGAGUUUCUCGGAGAGGAGGGUUGGAGCUGCUUGCACUGGGUGGUGCAUGCUGCUGGAGCAGCACUUCACUUGAAGUCAAAAGCGGAGGAGCCAAAGGUCGGCUGUGACUGCUGCCACGCUGGCGCCUCUCAAGUCAGAGGACCAGCUCUUGCCCUACUCGGCGAGUUGCUCGAGCGCGCUCCAGUGAAUUUGCCAACUUCCCAGGGUGCCACCGCACUGAUGUUUGCUGCUGAUGCUGGAGAUGAAGAAGUCUGUGAUUUACUGCUCCAUGCCGGUGCAGAUCCUUCAGCCACCGAUAUGGAUGGCGACGAUGCCGCUGCGUGGGCAAGAGCUCGCGGCCACUGGCUCCUUGCGCUCAGCAUAGCGGGAGCCUCUUGA